AUGAUUUCUUGCCAACAAUUAUUACAAUAUAUAUAUAUAACCCCAACUUCCCAGGAAAGCGAAAAUAGCGCACUGUUUAAGUGGCUAUCAGAAUAUUGGCACCAAUUCCUGUUUCAACCAGAUGAUGAGCUUGCAGUCAAUAUUUUUGAGAGCUGUAUGGCAAAAGAUGUAACUGUCAAAAUCAAUCAUGAUCAUGUCCCUCGCGAAGUAUACUUUGGUUACAUCACAAGCACUCGUGCUGCCCAUGACUUGACCCUCCUCAACCAGGAGAAGCUCAAAGUGUGGGAAGCUCCUGGAGGGGGACGCUCGAUUGUAUACAAAGGAGAACUUAUGUACAGCGACAAAAAAACUGGAGGAAAACAAAACGGUGUUGUUGUUAUGAUUGCAGAUAUACGCAAGGGAGAGGCUGGCAAUUUCACAAUUGUACAAUCUACAGAAGUGGUCACCCGAAGCGGUUAA